CUCUACGCCACGCUACCCCACCCAAGGAAGCGCCACAACUUAACUCAGCCUCCACCCCCGAGACGACAGGUCGCGCGAGCUCAGAGGUAAUUGCGACAACCAUUGAACAACCGUCACUAUUCCUCAUUCACAGCUGUAAAUAUGUCGCCUACCAAGGACCCCAGAAGAGUUGACCUGAUCGUCCCUUACCAAGAGCCCAAGGGCUCAGGUGACUCGACCGAUCUCUCCUCAACGAUGUCUACCACCCUGCCAAUGGCUGCUAUGUUUACGCGCAACAAAAUGGUUGGAUGGGCAUCGGUUGUUUUCUCUAUCCAGAGUUGGCUCGGCGAGAGCGAGGACUCGAAGAAGAACUCCACCACUCCUGGAUACUUCUCCGUUGGCAUGUCCAUCAUGGCUCUUGCUGUUACUUACCUACCUAUGUUCCUCCCUCCCGUCGGUGGUAAGCAGGCCUCUGGCACCGAAGCCCCUGCUCCUGUCCCUCUGGCAUAGUAAGCGAAGAGGGCGGACUGUAUAUAACGGGAGGACUAGUGGAAGAGCAAAUCACCUUUAAUUGUUGCUGAGUGUUAUGAUUUUCAAGGUUCCAAACUUAUCCGUACUCUGGGCGGGAAUUGAUGGACAGGAUAUCUAUAUUAUGAGUUCUUAUAAGAAUGAAUGAGCUUUCAAGUCUAAGGAGUUCUGCGUCCUUUACCCCCCAUUCUCACGAUGGCUCAUUGUCUCUUCCUCAGGAAGCAAGAAAACAUAAGUUUAUUAUAGGCCUAGUAUACCUUCUUAAUAAACUCAGAAG